AAUGCUGUCGAUUGAGCUAAACUUGUAUUGAACCUGUAUAUAACCUUUGACUAUGAAUGUAAAUAUAGCCUAUAUCUAAAUGCAAAUCUUAAAUAUACUAAAUCUUACAGAACAAAUACACUUUUAAAAUCUAACUUUAGUUUAGUCAAAUUUAGUACAUUUUCGCGUCUAGUUGGUCACCUCGGUGUGCAUGCAAAGUACGCUGAUGUGUGCUCCAUAAAUAUUUAUUUCCCAUAAACGUUCGGACUGUGGUGAGGAAAGCGACUGGAGUGGCGGUGCCCGACUCUGUGUCUUUUUUCAGUGUCACCUCCUAUCCGAGACUCAGUCAGACCCCAGCAUGGGAGGAGUGUUUAGAGAAGAAUAGAUCAUUUCUCCUGUCUCAGAAUUUCUUAUGUUCUUUUUUCUGUAACACACAUUUAUAAAACACUUCGAGGCUCCACGCAGGUGAAUUUGGGACAGCGGUAAUGAUGGGACAGCUGUGUUGGAUGUAUUGCCAAUGACAAGAUGGAUAUCACUGGGAUACUCUCUAUCGCUACUGUCUUUCAUUUCUCUAUUUGUGUCUAUGGCGAGGCAGGACCAAAUAUUGUCUACAUGAAAACCCUGCAGAGCUCAGAUGCCAUCCCAGAUGUCUGACUGUCUUUCUCCUGCUGGACACAAAAGAAGAUUUUAGGAAGAAUAUUUCAGCUCUGCCCUCUGUCCUGCUCUGGGGGUUUCACUGAACUGGGUUAUUACAAUGGAUCUGUGUCUCAGACGGACUCUGGCUCUUCCUGUCUUAAAUGGACUGAUUUUCCAGACUACAUGCUGAAAUAUCCCAACCGUGGGCUUGGCGACCACAACUACUGUAGAAACCCUGACCGUGAGUCCAACCCCUGGUGCUUCUUCAGACAGAAGUCAGGAGCCAUUGGGUGGACCUACUGCGACUGCCACCAGGGUGCAGUACGGCUGGUGGGGGGUUCAUCCAAUAAGAGUGGCCGCCUCGAGGUGUACAUGAAUGGCCAAUGGGGAGCAGUAUGUGGCACCCACCUGACUGACCGAGAUGCCAGUGUAAUCUGUGGACAACUGAGGCUCGGUGAAAUCGGCACUGCACUUCGGCACUCCUAUUUUGGACCUGGUUCUGGCCUCUUCCACUUUGAACGUCUUGGCUGCCAUGGCAAUGAAAAUUCUGUGCUGGAGUGCCGGAGUCGGAAAUAUGUCUCCGGCGACUGUAACCAUGGCAAUGAAGCUGGAGUGGUUUGUGAUGUACCUAAGGGCAGUGGUGCCCCCCUAAGGCUUGUGGGAGGACUUGAGGAUUUUGAAGGGCGCGUGGAGGUGUAUCAAAACGGGAGGUGGGGCACUAUCUGUGAUGAUGAAUGGGAUGAUAUUGAUGCUGAAGUGGUCUGCAGACAGUUGGGAUUGGGUGGUGUGCCAAAGGCGUGGACAUGGGCACACUUUGGGCAGGGCACUGGGCCAAUAUUCCUGGAUGGGGUGCACUGCACAGGAAAUGAGCUCUCUCUUGAGGAAUGUACUCAUGCGCCUUGGGGCCGGCACAACUGUGACCAUAUGGAGGAUGCCGGAGUGUCCUGCAACCCAUAUACAGAUGGAGUGUUGCGUCUAGUAGGAGCUGAUAGCCCGUGGGAAGGGCGCCUUGAGGUAUAUCAUGCUGGACAAUGGGGCACAGUGUGUGAUGACAGCUGGACUGGACUCCACGCCCAGGUGGUGUGUCGACAGCUGGGUUACCGAGGGCGUGCUGAGCUGGCUCCAGAUGGGAUGUACGGGCAAGGUACAGGGUUGAUCCUGCUGGAUGAGGUGAAAUGUGAAGGGGGAGAGAGCUCUCUGCUGGACUGUGCUCAUGGUGAGUGGGGGAAGCAUGACUGCUCCCACAGUGAGGAUGUGGGAAUACGAUGUGAGAGAGAACAAGAGAACAAUGAAAUCCCUGAAGUGCCUCCUGUCACAGGUCCCCUUGUAAGGCUGGUUAAUGGUGAAAGCCGCAAGGAGGGCCGUGUGGAGGUGUUUAUUAAUGGCGAGUGGGGAAGUGUGUGUGACGAUGGUUGGGAUGACAUCAAUGCAGGCAUAGUCUGCAGACAACUAGGAUUCAUUGGGGCCUCCAAGGCCCGUUCCAUGGCUUAUUUCGGCGAGGGUCAGGGGCCCAUCCAUCUGGAUAAUGUGAAGUGUGUUGGGACAGAGGCUUCAUUGGGGGAGUGUUCAGCUCUAGACUUAGGCGCCCAUGAUUGCAGACACAGUGAAGAUGCAGGGGUCAUUUGUGACUACAUUACUGAGCCCAUAAAAGACAAGCAGGAAUGUGGUCUGAGACCCAACACGCAAAGGCGGCAGAGAAGGAUAAUUGGAGGAGACAAGUCUCUACGGGGGGAUUGGCCGUGGCAAGUAUCUCUGUGGCUAAGGUCUCAAUCAAAAGGCACCCAUCCGCUUUGUGGGGCAACUCUCAUCAAUUCCUGUUGGGUUAUAACUGCUGCUCAUUGCUUUAAGAGGUUUGGCACAGACCCCUCCCGUUAUGUGGUACGGCUUGGUGACUACCACACAGAGGAGAGGGACGACUUUGAGCGCACUCUCUCUCCCGAACGUAUCAUAAUCCACAAGAGGUACCACAGCCAGGGCUGGGAGUAUGAUAUUGCCUUAAUGAAGUUGAAGGGCACAGAUGGGAACUGUGUGGCCUUUAACCCGCACACUAAUGCAGUUUGCCUUCCAGCUCAGAGCAACAAGAGGGGCAAGAGGCCCAUUGCAUGCGUUAUCACCGGCUGGGGAAUUACAGACUCAGAGUAUUCCCGAACACUGCUGCAAGCCUGGGUUCCCAUACUGCCCUCCUGGAAGUGUAAAAAAUGCUAUGGCAGUCGCUUCACCAGCCGCAUGUUGUGUGCUGGAAGCUUAUCAAACCAUCGCCGUGUGGACAGUUGUCAGGGUGACAGUGGGGGGCCACUGGUGUGCCAGGGUGAGGGUGGGCACUGGAUGCUCACAGGAAUCAUCUCUUGGGGUCAUGGUUGUGGUAACCCCACCUAUCCUGGUGUAUAUACACGUGUCAGCAGGUUCCUGAAGUGGAUUGAGAAAGUCACAGACAGCUCUGCCAAAGUGUGAUGUUACAGUGUUGACAUUAGAGCCACUUAAUGCAUUGUACUGUACAGUAUAUACAUAAUGUAAUGCCUCUGAGGGUUUGCCAGCUGGCCAAUAGCUAAAAAGCUGGUUUGAUCUUGUUUUAUGUGUUGCACAUUUUACUACUUGCACAAUGUCAUUUCAAUUAUUUUUUCUACAUUUGAAAAAACAUUCAUAAAAAUGCACAGGAAUGUGAUGCCACAGAUCUCAGAAGUGGGUGAGAUGUUUUUUGAGGGACAACAGCUUUAAAGGGAUAGUUCACCCAAAAAUGAAAAUUCUCUCAUCA